GACAGACAGAUGACAGUGACAAAAAUAUUGUCAACACGUCAAUUCCGUACUUCUGUAUUUCUGUCUGAUUUUAAUCGAAUUUCUUAUAUAUUUCUAAACCUACUGCCUUUAAAAACUUGUAUUACUCACCAUGGAUAGCCAAAGUAAACGGCUGGCUGAAGACAUAUUUCUUCGGGAGCCCGCCGACGCUAGAAUCAGAAAACCUAAAGAUGAGGUCCAGGAAGAUCACCACCCUAACCUUAAGGUGGAGAUGCAAACUUUACGACUGAACCCUGAUUCUCAGAAGCUUGUGAUGGAUACGUUGCAUUACCUACACGGUCCAGACUUUAAACUUGGCAGUGCUAGUGUGUAUAAGGAUAAGGGAUCAAACCUCAAGAACCGAUACUGGAUGGAGCGAGGUAACCUCAUAGUACAAGGCGGGUGUGACUACUCUAUUGUGAAGAAACCUGACAUUGCAUCAUCAGAAGACAGACUGCGGUCUUUUGCCUUAGCUAAAUUGGAAAGGUACAACUUUCACAAAGUACACUGCUCAGAGGCGCUGGGUAUGGCUGCUGAGAGUGUAGACCAAGCAUUAGAAAUAUUAUUUUACAAAUAUUUCAAAGUAAACUCACAGGAGCGGCCCGAGGUAGUGCCUACCUCAGGAGAGCUGCUUGAAAUGAGAAAUGAUGAGAAAGCUGUGCUAGAAUCUAUUUACGACGCCAGCUUCCAAGCUAAAAGCAGCAAUAUAUGGACCGUCAAAUUAAACCUGAACUACAUUACUAAACUGUAUGAAAAGAAGGAAGUAGUGAAACGGAAAGAAAAUAUAAAUUACAACAACAAACACAAUGGUUUCAAAACAAAAAAGCAAGAAAAGUGUAAACUUUUCCUCAAAGGACCUUGCAGGUUCGGUGACAAGUGCAAAUUCUUACACGAAGUCAAAGUAGAAAAUGCUAUGAAAGAAAGUGCAGCUACUUCAGAAGGAGAUAAUAUUUUUUACGAAUUAGAAAUAAGAUUUCCUGAAGAUUCAGUGUAUCCGUACCAAGUUCCAUUGAUAUUUUUCAAAACGGGACACAAAACCAGUGUGAUACCGGAACUGACUUGUUUAAAAGUUACCGCUAGAUUAUUAGAAGAAGCUAAAGUAUUAGCGCAAGAUGGGGUACCUAGUAUUUACUCCUUGGUUGAGUUGCUGAAUAACGAAGAAGACAUAACACAUUUUAUACAAUUUGAUACUACACAAUUUCCAACACCGUCUGACAUUAUGUUCCCACAACUUUUGGAAGAUCCCGCUGAAAAAGAACAAUUGCCAACACACUACAAAAAGGGUGUUGACAAAAACAACAGAGCUAAUGUCAACUUUGAGGAGAUUUAUCGGGAGAACGCUGAAAUAGCCAAGAGAUGGCAGGAGAAGACUGACAAUAACAAGUACAACAAAAUGAUGUCGGGCAGGAGAAAAUUGCCAGCGUGGGGCAAGAGGAAAGAGAUACUUGGUGCAAUACAAAAAUCCCAGAUUGUAGUAAUAAGCGGUGAAACAGGAUGCGGCAAAAGCACGCAAGUCCCCCAGUACAUUCUAGACGACUGGCUCGAUAACUACAGCCGCUCGGAUCGCAAGCAUGUCGACAUCAUAUGCACCCAGCCGAGGCGGAUAUCCGCUAUAGGAGUGGCCGAGAGAGUCGCCGAUGAGAGAGUUGAGAAACCGGGGCAGGUUGUCGGUUAUCAGAUACGUUUGGAAAGCAAAGUAUCGUCGAAAACGAGGCUAACAUUCUGCACCACAGGAAUAUUGCUGCGUCGACUCGAAUACGAUCCGCAACUAAAAUCCGUCACACACAUUCUAGUAGACGAAGUGCACGAGAGAUCAGAAGAAAGCGAUUUCCUUCUACUGAUUCUGCGGGACCUUGUCAAAAUAAGGAAAGACCUGACAGUCAUACUGAUGAGUGCUACGUUGAACGCGGAUUUGUUUUCGGAGUACUUUGGCAAGGUUCCAGUGUUGGAGAUACCGGGUAGGACGUUUCCUGUUGAGCAGUUCUUUUUGGAGGAUGUCAUAGAAAUGACCAAUUAUGUGAUGGAGGAGAACGGAAGGUUUUCGAGGAAGGUUAAAAAAGGAGACAAAAGGCAAGACAUAGAGACAGAAUUGGAGACGUGUGACCUCAAGUCAGAUUCGCUGGAGCCUCCCAAAACGUCUGUUCGAGAUGAGAACCUGAGCAUUGCGCAAAUGGUCGCUCGAUACCCGCAUUGCUCCAAGACUACGUGCAAGAAUAUGUACCUUAUGGAUACUGAAAAGAUAAAUCUAGAGCUAAUAGAACACGUGCUAGCGUACAUAGUGGAGGGCGACCACAACUGGCCACGAGAGGGCGCUAUCCUGAUAUUCCUGCCGGGAAUAGCCGAGAUUAUGGCCUUGCAUGACCAGUUGAAUGAUAGCCCUAUGUUUAGUCCCAAAACCGGCCGCUAUCUGCUAGUACCGCUCCACUCGACGCUCUCAGGCGAGGAGCAAGCGCUAGUGUUCAAGACGCCUCGCCCCGGCGUCAGGAAGAUCGUCAUCUCUACGAAUAUAGCAGAGACCUCUGUGACGAUUGACGACUGUGUGUUCGUGAUUGACAGUGGGCGGAUGAAGGAGAAACGCUUCGACUCAAACCGCAACAUGGAAUCGCUAGACCUAGUCUGGGUCUCAAAAGCCAACGCGAAGCAACGACGCGGGCGCGCCGGCCGAGUCAUGCCCGGAGUCUCCAUACAUCUCUACACGUCCCACAGACACAACUACCAUUUACUAGAACAGCCAGUUCCAGAGAUACAUAGAGUUCCUCUGGAGCAGUUGUUGCUGAAGAUUAAUAUGAUGCCGCUGUUUAAGGAUAUGACUGUGCAUCGGGUUUUGGAGAAAGUAAUCGAGCCGCCCACAAAAAGCAACAUAGAUGGCGCCCUAGUCAGACUGCAAGACGUCGGGGCGCUGGACACAAAUUUCGCCCUCACAGCGAUGGGUGCCCAUUUAGGUGCCCUUCCAGUAGACGUGAGGAUAGGCAAGCUGAUGCUGUUCGGAGCUAUAUUCUGUUGCGUGGACUCUGCCUUGACGAUGGCCGCUUGUUUGAGUCAUAAGAGCCCGUUUGUUUCGCCUAUGGGGAAAAAGGGAGAAGCAGACGCUAAGAAGAGAGAGUUCGCGUUUGCAAAUAGCGAUCAACUUACCACUUUACGAGCUUACAGGAAAUGGCAAGAAGCUAUGAAGCGAAGCACCCACGCAGCCUUAGUCUUCGCAAAUGAAAACUUUCUCUCGCACAAAACCCUGCUGAUGUUGGCCGACAUUAAACACCAGUUGUUGGGGUUGCUAGCGGUGAUAGGGUUUGUGCCUGAUAUGCCAGAUCUACGGAGAAAGAUGAGGAAGGACUCAGUGGCUAGCCUGACUGGGCCUGAGUUAAACAGCAAUGGAGACAACGAGAAAUUACUGGCGGCCAUAUUGUGUGCGGCACUCUACCCCAACGUUGUUAAGGUGCUAACGCCAGAGAAAUCAUUCCACAUGCAAGCGGGUGGCGCGGUGCCGAGACAGCCAGCGCCAGAGGAACUCAAAUACAAGACGAAAACCGACGGAUUCGUCGCGCUACACCCCUCGUCCAUCAACUCUUAUGUCUCCUACUUCUCCAGCCCGUAUCUGGUCUAUCAGGAGAAGGUCAAAACGAGUAGGGUGUUCAUUAGAGAGUGCUCUAUGGUACCUCAGCUGCCGUUGGUGCUGUUUUCAGGAUGCACACUAAAUGUGGAACUACAUAACGGUACGUUUAUAGUUUCAUUGGAAGAUGGAUGGAUCAUGUUCCAGGUUGAAAAACACGAGGUUGCAGAAAUGCUGAAAACCAUCAGAUUAGAACUGGUGUCCCUUUUGGAAGAAAAGAUCAAUGACCCAUCUCUGAACCUACUUCAUUACGAGAAAGGAAACCGAAUCAUAAAAACAAUAGUGCACGUUAUUUCCAAAGACUAAAUGCUUAUAAAUUAUUUUGAUAUUGAUAAUUUUAUGCGUUUGGAAUUGACAUUUGGAAUAUUUUGUAAAUGUAAGUAAUUAAAUUAACUUAUUUCCAACGGAAUAUUAGUGUGAUGAGCAAGCAAUGGUCCAUUUCUGGACAUAUACCUACAUAUGUUUAUAUACCAAAACACUAUGUUUAAAGCCUUUUUAAACUCGCCUACUUGUAUAAAUAAAUAAAUUAUUGUUGUUUGUGAUAAUUUGUCGAUCUUAAUAUAGAUUUUACCCACAAAUACUUACUUCUAUGUAAAUAUUAAUUUUUAAACGUAACUGCCAUCUUUAAAAUAAACUUUAUUUAUUGAAAUUGAA